ACGCUUUUUUGCCAAAAAAAUUACUAACCUAAAUUGCACAAAACCCAAUAACUUUUAAACUCAAAACCCAAAACCUCUGGCGGCUUAGCAUCUCCUCCGUCUCUUUUGCUUUCUCAGUGAAAUCCAUCGAUAAACAAUGUGGGCCGCCAUUAAAGUUCCAUCGAACAUCCAUGGAGGAAUAAUUCAUUACAACUAUAGCAGCAAAAAUGGUAAUAGUAGUAGUUUUGUCAGAGGGCGAAAAUCUUUGGUGAAAAUGUGUUUUACUUCUGACCAACAUGUUCAGCUCAUUCAGAACACGCCUUCAAUCGAUGCACUUCCUAUAAUGGUGAAUGGUUGUACUGGUAAAAUGGGGAGGGCAGUUCUUGAAGCAUCAAUCUCUGCGGGACUUCAACCUGUUUCUGUAUGUUUUAGUGGUCCGGGAGAUGCAGGAAAAAUUGUGGAGGUGAGUGGAAAAGAGAUAACUGUGCAUGGUCCUUCGGACAGAGAAAACAUCUUGUCCUCUGUCUUUGAGGAGCACCCGAAUUUAAUUGUAGUGGACUACACAGUGCCUGCCGCUGUGAAUGAUAAUGCUGAAUUAUAUUGCAAAGUUGGAGUGCCUUUUGUGAUGGGAACCACUGGUGGAGAUAGGGAGAAGCUUUACAAAACAGUGGCGGACUCAAAAGUUUAUGCUGUAAUCUCACCACAAAUGGGAAAGCAGGUGGUAGCUUUUCUCGCAGCCAUGGAAAUCAUGUCCGAACAAUUCCCUGGAGCUUUCUCUGGGUACACUCUACAGGUGAUGGAGUCUCAUCAAGCAAGUAAAUUGGACACCUCUGGAACUGCAAAGGCUGUUAUCUCUUGCUUUCAGAAAUUAGGCGUUUCUUUUGAUUUGGAUGAGGUACAACUAAUACGAGAUCCCAAGCAACAAGUUGAGAUGGUUGGUGUCCCAGAAGAACACUUGUUAGGUCAUGCUUUCCACAUGUACCAUCUGACCUCACCAGACGGAACGGUUUCUUUUGAAUUUCAACACAAUGUUUGUGGUAGAUCAAUCUAUGCAGAGGGAACAGUUGAUGCUAUACUUUUCCUUGCUAAGAAGGUGAAAUUGAAAGAAGAGAAGCGAAUAUACGACAUGAUCGAUGUGCUGCGGGAGGGAAACAUGCGAUAACAGCUGAGUAACAUUAACAUAUGCUGGAGUAGGAUGUAUAACAUUUAGACCUAGGAAUGCAGAGAAACAAAUGUUGGGUUCAAUUUACUUGUUGUUUUCCCUCCAGUGGUUAUUUUACAAUAUUCACCAUGUAUUGAGUUUUGGCUAUUUUACUAUUGAGAUUAUUACAUGAUUUACAUUCAUUAGGUUUGAUUUGAUUUUAUCUGGUUCAAUUAUUGUAAUAUGCCGGGAUUAGAUGUAAUCUUGCCUAGAAUCAAUAGUAUGCCAAUGUAUAUUUGCAGUUUUACAAA